AGAAUUAGUUCUAAUGCAAGAUGCACGAGGCGUACACUGUCCGUCCUCUUCUAAAGCUCCCUCUACAUAUAGAGAGUGUUGCCAGCCAUGGCGAUCAUCUGUUUCUUGGAACCAGGCAGGGACAUCUUCUCAUGUAUCAUAUCAGCUUCGGUCCAGUUGACCAGCCAUCUGUUCAGCUGCUCAGAUCAAACAAGUACUUCAGUAAGAAGCCUAUAGUUCAGCUAGCUGUGGUCCCUGAGUACUCUAUCCUGGUAGCGCUUACAGAUAAUAUUAUCUCAGUUCAUGAUAUUGAUCUUGCAGUCAUGAACUUUCCUCUCAUCAGUCAGGUUUCACGAACAAAGGGAACCAACCUUUUUUCGCUUGACGUUGUGCGCACUAAAACUUUAACAGGGGAAUCUGCCGCGGCAGUGCGCAUGGUAGUUUCUGUCAGGCGAAAAUUGCAGUUUUAUUACUGGAAGAAUAGAAAGUUCCACGAGCUCAGAGAAGAUAUUUCUGUUCCUGAUGUAGCAAAAUCCAUUGCCUGGAGCAAAGAAAGUGUCUGUGUGGGAUUCAGGGGUGAAUAUUGUAUGCUGAGGUUAAAAGAUCAAGAAUUUGAUGAAUUGUUCCCCACCGGUAAAUCUCAAGAGCCUAGGGUCACUCUCAUGCACGAUGACAGAUUUGCUCUGAGUAAGGAAGAACAGACGACAUUUAUCAAUGAAGAAGGGAAAAUGAACCUACAGCUUGAGUUGAGCAUAUAUAGUGUCCCAAUUAGUUAUUUUACAUUUUCAUUUUUCAAGAUGCUAUUUUUUUUUGGUUUCAAAGGUGUAUUGUCCAAAGCUAUUGAAAUAAGAACUGAAGAACCAAGAUUACUUAUACAAAGCAUGGAGUUGAUAAAGCCUCGUCUAGUUACCAGGGGACAGGCAGGUCGUCUUUACGCUGCCAGUCAAUCCCAGGUUUGGAGCAUAAACAUGGUUUCAGUUUCUGAACAGGUUCCACAGCUUCUUAGGGAUAAACAGUUUGAGUUGGCAGUGAUGGUAGCUAACACAGUGUCUGACGGAUCUGAUGAAGAAAAGAAGAAAAGGAUUACCAAGAUUAAAACUCUCUUUGCCUUUGACCUUUUCUGUCAAGGGAAUAAGUUUAAGGAUAGUAUGGAUAUUUUCUAUGAGCUAGAGAUAGAUCCCUCACACGUCAUAGGAUUGUUUGAAGCUCUGCUACCUGUUGAAUACCAGACUAAACUACACUAUCCUGACACUCUUCCUACUCUACAAGGUCGUCAGCUGGAGAAUGGAUUACUUGCUCUCAUAGAAUAUCUGACCCAAGUCAGGCAUAAACUUAACAGCAAUAAAACACUAAGUGAGUUGGCUUGUGUUCCAAUGGUUGACGGAGUUCCAACAAUAAAGGUGAAGAAGCAGGUUCUCCAGAUACUAGACACAACCCUGCUUAAGUGCUAUAUUAAGACUAACGAUGCACUUGUCGCAUCCUUGCUCAGGCUCAAGGAUAAUCACUGUCAUCUAGAGGAGGCAGAGAGAGUUCUUCUGAAGAAUAAGAAGCUGACAGAACUAGUUAUAUUGUAUAAUACGAGGAAUCUACAUAGGAAAGCACUGACCCUACUGCAGAAGCAUGCCAUGGACAAACAAUCUGAACUUGUUGGAUUUCAGAGAAUAAUUUCCUAUCUCCAGAACCUUGGCAGUGAACAUAUAGAUCUGAUUCUUGAAUUUUCUCUGGAUAUUCUCAAACAUGAUGAAGAGGGAUUUCUUAUUUUUACAGAGGAUAUCGAUACAGUAGAAACAUUACCUAGAGCCAGGGUUCUAGAGUUCCUCAUGCAAAACAAACAGGAUCUUGUCGUUCCUUACUUGGAACACGUCAUAUUAGUUUGGGAAGAGAAGAGAACUUUGUUUCAUAAUUCUUUAAUCCUUCAAUAUAAGGAUUUGAUAAUGUCACGAAUAGGAGAGGGUGAAAGUAUAGAUAUUAAGGACAAGACGAGAAGUAAACUAAGAAAGCUUUUAGGACAGGAUCCGUGCCUGUACGACCCCUCUGCUGUGUUGGCCAAGUUUCCAUUUACUCACCUUUACGAAGAAAGGGCAGUUCUUCUAGGUGGUGCUGGAAGGUUUAGAGAAGCACUGAUUAUCUAUAUCCAUGUUCUUCAUGAUCUUCAAUCUGCUCUCAAAUAUUGCACUUCUGUUAAACCAGAAAAACACGGUCAGGUUUAUCAGCAUCUAGUAUCUUUGCUGGUUCAGCCUCCACUUCAAUCCGAGGUUCCAGGUUUAGACCUAGCUGGGCCGGGUAGACCACCUGAUCUUGAUUCAGCAAUCAGUAUUCUAGAACAGUUUGGGUCUGAGAUGGAUUUGGUUGAGAUACUGGGGUGUUUGCCCUCUAAUGCUAAACUCAAUAAACUUGCUAAGUUUCUCUCUCUAGCAAUCAGUUCUAAGGUUUCUGCGCGGAAUGAAGUGAGUGUUAUUAAAGGUCUGCUUCACUCAGAACAUCUAAGAGUCCAGGAGGAACGGAUAGAUCUUCAAUCCACUAAACUGAUUAUUUCUGAGUUCACAUUUUGCAGUGUUUGUGGGAAGAGGUUUUCGUCCCUGACUGCUUUGGUUCGUCAGCCCAGUGGGUCUGUGUCUCAUUAUUCUUGUGCCUUGGAGAAAUCCUAAUUUUUUUUAUUUAUUUCGGGGCUUUUCUUGUUUUCUUUUCUUUUUCAUAUUUAUUAUUAUUAUUUUUGAUUUAUAUCAUUUGUUUGAUUGUUUUUCUAUGCAUUUUGAUAGAUUCUAAUUAGGCAAGUGAACGAGAACUUCAAUAAACAAAAAGCUUGAAUUAUUUGACUUUGAUUCACUCACACAUAUCAUGCCAUUUAGCUGAAAAGAAUGUUUUAGCUAGGAAUGGGAUUCAAGUAAUAAUUUUAAAAGGAAUUUCAAAUUUUCUUAAUCUUAGAAUCCUAGAUACAGUGCACACACAUCUCAAUUCGAAAUUGUUUUUGUGUUUAAGUCAAGCCUAAAAAAUAAACAAUUAUCUAAAUUCUCAUCAUUCUAAUUGCCUAUAUAUUAAAAUUAUAUAAAGAUUCUUAAACCUGUUUUGUAAUUUGGAUCUUGUAUGGAAGAACCCUAUUUUUCUUUAUUUUUUUAUCCAACGAUGGAAAAAUGUGAUGUCUAAAAUUUACACCGAUUUGCUGUGAUUAAGAUAUUUAUUAAUAAGAUAUAUCUACAUAUUUUUGUAAUAGUUCCAUGUUUUCUUAUAUUUCCUAAAAUAUAAAUAGUUUAGGGAUAUUUGAUGCCUUAGUUAUUCUUGUUA